AUGGCUGAUCGCAAAGCGAGCUUGGUGCUGGAGCCUGGCGCGAUGAUCAGGCCGGUGAUCGACCACGAGGGGGUGAAGCUGCUGGUGGAGCGGCUGUACGGCAUCUCGGUGCUGGAGCUGACGGAGCUGGCCGGCUACGACGACAAGAACUACCGCAUCACCGAGGACCCCAACGUGAAGAACCCACUCAUCGUGAACCACAGCCCCCACGGCUACGUGCUCAAGAUCAUGAACUCGAUGGAUUCGCAGAACUUGAGCGUGGUGGAGGCGCAGAACGAGAUCAUGAAUUUCCUGAUUACGCGGUCGGUGCGUUGCCCUCGGCCGGUGCGAAACAUUUUCGGUCACUUGCACUCCGUGGAGACCCUGAGCGGGCGCCAGCACGCCGUACGCCUCUUGGAGUACGUGCCUGGCGAACUGCUCAAGGACGUGCCGAGCUCAGACGCCCUCUUCUACCAGCUGGGCGAGUUCAUCGCCAACUUGGACAACAAGCUGCAGAACUUCAACCACUCCGGCCUGGCCGGGCGCGAGCACAUCUGGAUGCUGACAAAAGUCCCGGACCUCGAAAAGUUCAAGUAUGUCAUCAAAGAUGCUGAGAAACUGGAUCUUGCUGAAGAGGUUAUCGAGGAGUUCAAGUACGCAGUAGUGCCUCGCCUCGAUGAGCUAGAAAAGGGGGUCAUUCAUGGAGACGUGAACGAGAUGAACAUCAUCGUAGAGCGCAAGCCUGGAGGAAGG